AUGAUGUCCAUGCUGAAGCGACUGCUUUCUCCUAAGAGUAUUAAUAUUGCUCAAAGUGUGGUUUCUAUCAAACGCCCUGACAUUUUGAAAGAUUAUACUAGAUGCUAUAGAAGUUUAAUUGCGCCUCAGACUAGAAUAGUACAGUUUCAAUCUGUAUGUGUUCAGCAAGUCCGUAAUGAAAGUUUUUUUAAAAAACAUACGGCUGAACACAUUUGGAAAAGUGUCACAAGUGUAAGUAAUGCUGGUAAAAAACGUGGUCGUGGUAAAGGUGCUGGUAAAAAAAGAGCAAAAAAUCUUAAUAGAGGGCAAGUCAUUGGUGUAGGUGUUGACAAUAUGAUAUGGCCUGGACUCAACGCUCCUAUAAUUAAAGGGCGAGAUCUAAUAAAAAGAACUCAGUUACCACCAGAUCCUGAAAGACAAGCUCGCCUUAUUAAGCUUAGAGAUUCAAUGGGUACAUUUAAAAUGUUAAGACUCUCACCAACUGAACGUGGAUGGUCCGGAUCUAAAAUGCCUGGUCGCAGUAUAGGACCACCAGAUCCUAUAAAUGAAUAUAACUUUGAUGGCUUUGAUACUAAAGUGUUAGAAUUCAAAACUGUGUUUUGUAUGAAAGCUAAUGCUGGUCGUUAUAGAAGAAUAAGUGUUGUUACUGUUACUGGUAACAAAAAUGGCUUAGCUGGUUUUGCUUUAGGCAAAGCAGCCGAUUCAAGAGCUGCACUAAGACGCGCGAAAAAUAGGGCAGGACAAAAAUUAAUGUAUAUUGAACGGUAUAAUAAUCAUACCGUGUAUCAUGAUUUCUUUACACAAUUCUGUAACACUAGAAUAUUUGUGGAGAAAAGACCUGAAGGUCAUGGAUUAAUCUGCCAUCGUGCCAUAAAAACAAUUUGUGAAAUGAUUGGUAUUAAAGAUUUGUAUGCCAAGGUAGAAGGUUCUACCAAUUUACAAAAUGUAGUUAAAGCAUUCUUUUUGGGCUUAUUAAAACAGAAAACUCAUCAACAAUUGGCUGAUGAAACAAAUUAUCACCUAGUAGAAUUUAGAAAGGAAAAUGAUUACUUGCCAGUAAUAGUAGCAUCUCCAAAAGGACCUGUUAAGACAGAUCCUAAAGAAGCUCCUGAUUUUUUGCAGUAUGUGAUGGAUAAUAAAGUAAGGUUGCGGAAGAAGAAAUCUUUACCAUUUUAUACCAAAAAGACUCAUUGGUAUAUUAAAGAGAAAAAGAUUGAAAUUGUUAGAAACAUGGACAAGGCAAAAUAUAACUUAUUGGCUGAGUAUGGUGAAAUAAGGAGUUUUUUGACUGAUAAAUAUCCAGAAUGUAGACCAGUUCAAAAGAAAUCAUUUUCAAAACAAAUAGAUGAAGAUGAAAAUCAAUGA